AUGGUCGUGAUGGUAAUGGCCGUUGUGUGCGCCAUGAUCCUCAUCCGGACUGUGCGCCGCGACCUGGCCCAGUACGAGGAGCUCCUCAUGGAUGGCGGCACCAGUGCCGCAGACCUCAAGGAGGAGGCAGGGUGGAAGAUGGUCUCGGGCGACGUGUUCCGCUGCCCAAGCAACCCCAUCGGCCUUGCUGUGCGCUUUGGCUCUGGCGUCCAGAUCAUAUCCACAUGUGCAGUGACUCUGCUCUUUGCAGCCGUGGGUUUCCUGUCCCCUGCGGCUCGUGGCUCGCUGCUGACGGCACUGCUGGUGCUGUACAUGCUGCUGGCUGUGGGGGCAGGCUUUGCCGGCGUGUGGUUGUGGGGGCUGCUGAUGCGCACUUAUGAGGGCUGGAAGGCUGUGUGCUGGAGGGUUUCGGUGUACUUCCCCGGCACCACACUGCUGGUCCUGACCAUGCUGAACCUGCUCAUCAAGCACACGGGGUCCACAGGUGCCAUCCCAGCCUCGACUUACUUCUCCAUCCUCUUCCUGUGGUUCCUGGUGUCCAUCCCCCUGACCUUCUUCGGGGGCUACAUGGCCGCGCGAGUGUCCAUCCGAGAGUACCCUGUGCGCACCAACCAGAUCCCCCGCCACAUUCCCGCCCCGCCCCUCUCCACCAACCCCUGGCUGCUCUUCCUGGUGUCUGGUCUCCUGCCCUUUGGCACUCUUUUCCUGGAGCUGUACUUCAUGAUGACAUCGAUGUGGAUGGGCUAUUACUACUACCUGUUCGGCUACCUGGCCAUGAUCCUCAUCUUGACCAUCAUAAUCACGAUCGAGGUGUCUGUGCUGUGCACCUACGUGCAGCUCUGUACGGAGGACUAUCACUGGUGGUGGCGCUCCUUCACCCGUGGCGGCAGCAUCGCCUUGUACCUGAUGAUGUACGCUGCGAUCUUCCUGUACACCAUGCUGCACAACCUGGAUGGCUUCCUGCCCUUCACGCUCUACACGUCCUACAUGGGCAUCGUGGUGUGGGGCACUUACCUGGCCAUGGGCACCGUCGGCUUCAUAUCUUCCUUCGCCUUCAACUACUUCAUCUUUGCCUCCGUGAAGGUCGAUUGA